GACAGGAAGAGGAAAACUACCCCUAUUCCCAAUUUUGUAGAUUUCACAUAGUUCAUAGCAUUGGUAAGUGGUGAAGAGAAAUAGAGACAUGGAGGCCGAAUCAGAUGGUAACGACGAUAUCGCUUCCAUCAAAGAGAUGCGAAAACAUCUCGAAUCUCGUAUCGGAACAGGACGCCUCGCUCAGCAAGACCUCAUCGCCUCUUUGCAAGCCGUUGUUCCCGACCUCGUUUCCUCUCUUGAUCUCUCUCUCAAGCUAGUCUCUGCCUUCAACGGCCGCGAAUACACUCCAACCUCAAUCCCAAAACCCAAACCAAACCCUAGCCCUAACCCUACCCCUCUCCCUGUCUUUAAGACACCCACAGAGAACAACCGUCCCAUCACACCUGAGAACCACCCUCUCCGUCGCUCCUCCGUUGAGCCCAAAACCAUCCACUCCAAAAACUAUGCUCCCGCACCAUCCACUGAAGCUGCUCCGGCUGUUCGUCGAUCGGACCGCCAUAAACUGGCCGUCGACGGCAGUGGAAGCCCACUGUCGCUCGUUCGUUCUAUGGUUGCUGUUUGCCUAUUGGAGCGGGUGCCCUUUUCACCCAUUGAUUCUUCUACGGUGCUCAGGAAGCUAGAGAACGACCAGUCGGCGACCCCGGCAGAGAAGUCCGCUUUGCUCGAACUGGGUGGCGAAUCUGGUGCCAUACUGGCUGUUGAAAUGGCUUUGAGGUCGAUGGCCGACGAAUAUGGCGGUGUUGAAUUGGAAGAGUUCGUCGUUGGCGGGAAAUCCAGGGUUUUGGUUUUGGAUAUCGACCGCAGUCGUCUUGUCAAGGAGUUGCCUGAAAGUUCUCAGCAGCAACAGGAGCUGAAUUCAGCUGAUGGGAAUCAAAUUCAGCCCGUGGGGACAGGUGGAUCUGAUAGGAAUGGGGGCGUUUUUGGGAUGGGAGGAGGAAUGCCUAGACGAAUGCCGGAUAUGUGGCUUGGACCCGCCGAAGCCCAUCUACCAGGAUUGCCCCCUGUGUUUACGGCUGCCGGAUCACCCUUUAUGGGCCCGAGGGGUGGGCUGAGAUUGGGCAUGAUGGGACUCCCCAGGGGGAUGGGUGUUCCUCCCCUCCAUAGACCACCUUUGGGGGGCUCAAAUUCUGCACCUUUGAAGCCGAGAACCGAAGAAGACGAUCUGAAGGAUCUUGAGGCGGAUCUUGAGGCGUUGUUGAAUAAAAAAUCCGUCAUGGAGUUGCAGAAGUCAAAGACAGGAGAAGAACUUUUGGACCUCAUCCAUCGUCCCACUGCCAAGGAAACUGCCGUCGCUGCCAAGUUCAAAACCAAAGGUGGUUCUCAACUGAAGGAGUACUGCUCUGCUUUGACGAAAGAAGAUUGCUGGCGUCAAUCUGCAUCUUACAGGGCAUGUGAGAAGGUUCAUUUUCGGCGCAUAAUUGCUCUACACACUGAUAUCAAUUUAGGGGAUUGCUCAUUUCUGGAUACUUGCCGUCACAUGAAGACAUGCAAAUAUGUUCACUAUGAGCUCGACCCAACGCCAGAUAUGCCAGCCAUGAUGUUGGGGGCUGCUGCUCUUCCACCUCCCAAACUAUUAAAGCCUCAACGGGCUGAAUAUUGUUCAGAGGUAGAGCUUGGUGAGCCACAAUGGAUUAACUGUGAUAUCCGUAAUUUUAGAAUGGACAUCUUGGGGCAGUUUGGAGUUAUCAUGGCGGAUCCCCCAUGGGAUAUUCAUAUGGAGUUGCCAUAUGGAACGAUGGCUGAUGAUGAAAUGCGCAAUUUGAAUGUUCCUGCACUGCAGACUGAUGGUUUGAUUUUUCUUUGGGUCACUGGUCGUGCAAUGGAACUUGGACGAGAGUGUUUGGAACUUUGGGGAUAUAAGCGUGUGGAGGAGAUUAUUUGGGUGAAAACCAAUCAACUUCAGCGAAUUAUUAGAACAGGCCGUACCGGACAUUGGCUCAAUCACAGUAAGGAGCAUUGCCUUGUUGGCAUAAAGGGGAAUCCAGAAGUAAACAGGAAUAUUGAUACGGAUGUCAUUGUUGCUGAGGUUCGAGAGACCAGCCGUAAACCAGAUGAGAUGUACGCUAUGCUUGAGAGGAUAAGCCCUAGGACAAGAAAACUGGAAUUGUUUGCACGAAUGCACAACACACAUGCAGGGUGGAUGUCCCUUGGUAAUCAACUGAAUGGAGUUCGGUUGGUUGAUGAAGGGCUUCGAGCCAGGUUUAAGGCUGCUUACUCAGAUGUGGAGGUGCAACCACCAUCCCCUCCUAAGAGUUCUGCAAUGGAAGUAGAUUCGAAUGCUGGCCAAUAUAGGAGCCCAUUUGCAGGAGUGGAAUCAAAGUCUGCGCCACAGUUUGUGGAGUCCUCAACCCCAGAAGCAUUUGCCUCUGGAGAGAAGCCAAUUUCUACAGAUGUUGAUAUGAUUGGUUAACUUAGUGCAUGAUGACAUUGUUAUGAU